CAACCCACCGGUAGUACACUGGAGUACUACUGGUAGUCUAGUAGUCUACUACCGGACGACCUGGCAUUCUUCAGUACCGUCCUCUGCUCCACCCACCGUCUUCUGACGGACGCCACCUCCUCAGCUCCGCGAUCCAACAGCAACAGCGGCCAUUACUUUACACUUAUCUAUCCACCACUUUAUUUAAAUUCACCGCAUCCUUGAUCCUUCCGUCAAAUUCGCAGCUUCCAUCCAGCUCCUCUGCUUCUGCUGCGUCAUGUACUGUCGGUCGCCGCCUCCCGCGCACAUGGGUCGCGUGGAAGGUGGAGUCGUGCGGGAGUGAGUACUCGGGGAUUUAGGACACGCCCAAGAACCACGCUACCCAUACAUGUCCUGCCGCCCAGGGCAGCUAGGUAGCUGACUAGCUGAGAGUGGGGCGAGGAGGCGAGCUGCUGAUACUUCGAACGAGCCAGCGGAUAUGAGGGGAGGAGGGGAAGGGGUCGUGGCCAGGAGAUGGGUCCUCCUGCUCUGCGCCGGGAGCUUCUGCCUCGGCCUGCUCUUCACCACCGGGAUGUGGACGUUGCCGGAGGCAUCUGAGGUUGUCAAACCAAAUGAAAGGAGGUCAGGGAAAGAGACUGCCCUUACUGCCGGUGACUGUAAUUCUGCAAAGGUUCGAGAAAAGCAUGAUUACAGAGAUAUGCUACAGCUACAGGCCUUAGAUAGUCAUCAUGCUGUACAGACUUUGGAUAAGACAAUAGCAAAUCUAGAGACAGAGCUUUCAGCUGCAAGAACGCUGCAAGAAUCAUUUCUCAACGGUUCUCCAGUUUCAGAAGAGUACAAGGCUUCCGAGUCUUCCGGAAGACGGAAAUACCUUAUGGUGAUCGGGAUCAAUACGGCUUUUAGUAGUCGUAAGAGAAGGGAUUCCAUCCGCAACACCUGGAUGCCACAAGGAGAGAAGAGAAAAAAACUGGAAGAAGAGAAGGGGAUCAUAAUUCGUUUUGUUAUUGGUCACAGUGCUAUUGCAGGUGGAAUUGUAGACAGAGCAAUUGCAGCAGAAGAAAGGAAACAUGGAGACUUCAUGAGGCUUGAUCAUGUUGAGGGAUACCUUGAAUUAUCUGGAAAAACCAAGACAUACUUUGCAACAGCUGUUGCUUUAUGGGAUGCUGACUUCUAUGUGAAGGUUGAUGACGAUGUGCACGUAAAUAUAGCGACCCUUGGACAGAUUUUAUCCAAACAUGUUUCGAGGCCCAGGGUUUAUACUGGAUGCAUGAAGUCUGGUCCUGUCCUGUCUGAAAAGGAUGUUAGAUAUUACGAACCUGAGCACUGGAAAUUUGGGGAUAAGUAUUUCCGACAUGCCACCGGCCAACUCUAUGCUAUUUCGAAAGAUUUGGCAACCUACAUCUCCAUAAACAGGCAUGUCUUGCACAAGUAUAUCAACGAGGAUGUUUCUUUGGGGGCUUGGUUAAUCGGCUUAGACGUUGAACAUAUUGAUGACCGUCGACUUUGUUGCGGAACCCCUCCCGAUUGCGAAUGGAAAGCUCAGGCAGGGAACACCUGUGCAGCGUCAUUCGAUUGGAAAUGCAGUGGUAUAUGCAACUCUGUGGAGAACAUCCAGGGAGUCCACAACAGGUGCGGAGAAAGCGAAAAGGCGCUCUGGACAUCUUCUUUCUAAGCUGUAAAUCUGGAGUAAGAUCGGAUGGAAGCUGCUCUCUCCUGUAGUAUCUUAGGCUGAGUAUGUUGUACAUUGUGCAUGAAAUGUGUUGAGUUCAUUCUUAUCCUAGGCUUGUAGCUAGGUCUGUGACUGGGCAUUGCCGGCAAAGCAGACCGUGGUUUUACUCGGAGUCUGCUGGUGCCGGUUGAGGGGGGUAUACGGGCUGAUUGAUUCGUUUGCAUGUUCACUUUGUAACGAUCUCGUGAAUUCUGUGCACAGUCAACAAAAUACAAAAAGCUCUUUAUUUUCGUUCUAGUG